AUGAGGGUGGUUGUGGGGGCUCAGUGGCCCAGGGCGCCUCACUCAGCUGUCCAGCUCCUGGGGCUCGUGCUGGGCACCGCGGCCACGCUCCACUGUGUCGGGAACACCUACCCCAAAGAUGGCAAGUGCUGUAGCGAGUGCCCACCAGCUGUCCAGCUCCUGGGGCUCGUGCUGGGCACCGCGGCCACGCUCCACUGUGUCGGGAACACCUACCCCAAAGAUGGCAAGUGCUGUAGCGAGUGCCCACCAGCUGAGGAGGUUUGUCCCGAGGGGGACUGCACAUGUGUCCAGCCGGAGUUCCACUGUGGAGACCCCCAGUGUGACACCUGCAAACACCACCCCUGCCCGCCCGGCCAGGAGGCGCAGCCACGUGGGAAUUUCAAUUUCGGCUUCGAGUGUGUUGACUGUGCCACAGGGACCUUCUCUGGGGGCCGUGAGGGCCGCUGCAAACCCUGGUCAGACUGCUCCCAGUUUGGGCUUCCCACCAUGUUCUCUGGGAACAAAACACACAAUGCCGUAUGUAGCCUGGGGCCGCUGCCCACUGAGCCACACGACCCCCUGACCAUCGUCCUCCUCACCGUGGCCACCUGCAUCCUGGUCCUGACUGCAGCCCAGCUUGGCCUGCACAUCUGGCAGCUGAGGAGGCAGCGCAUGUGGCCCCCAGAGACCCAGCUGCUGCUGGAGGCACGGCCGCCAGCCGAAGACGCCUGCAGCUGCCAGUUCCCCGAGGAGGAGCGCGGGGAGCAGCUGUCUGAGGACAAGGGCCAGCUGAGGGACCUGUGGGUGUGAGGCCUGGCUGUCCUCUGCCACAGCGGACCCAGAGCCAGACCUUCCCGGGAGGCUGCCCAGGGCUGACUCUCGGGAGCAAGAGCUCUGCACCCUGCUGUGGGACCCCAGCUCCGGGCCCGGCCCUGCUCCCCUCGAUGGCGGAAGUGGGUGUGCGUGGUGACAGUGACCGGUCCCCCAGACCAUGCAGAAGAGGCAGCAGCCGUGGCCAGACCCCACGGGAGAUACAGACACAGCCACGUCUGCCUCCCUCCCUCCCUUGCUGGCCCUGUUGGGGUGGGGUCUCUGGGCCCCUGGCUCCCAGG